AUGAAUGAUGACCAUUUCUUUACUAAUUUUCGAUUUCUCACCACCGUAAUAUCAAUCUUAUCAAUAUCGUCAACAGUAUUAACAAUGUCGACACUUAGUCCUGUACAUCCAUGUCAUUAUAAAGAUCUCAAUCAACGUAUAUAUAAAUGUGACACGUGUAAAUGUAUAUCAUCAGCUCCGCUUUUUUCAACUUCUAACCUAUGCUCUUCGUUGUCAAAAUCAACCUCAUUAAUAUGCUCAGAUAAUUUAAAUAAAAUGCAUACUGAAGAAUUAUUACGUUUAAGACUCAAUGAAGUGGAAUCUGAAACAGAUCAUCAAUGGCAAAUACAAUAUUCAACUCAACGAAAACCAUCGUUUAAUGAUAUUGAAUUUGAAUUGGACCAUUUCAAUAAUGAUAUAUUAGUAGACUUUUUAAAUGUUGAACAAAUAUGUUCUUUUAUUAAUAAUUCUCGUGUGACAUUCUAUCGUUUACAAUCGAAUAUAACAUUUAAUCAAAUAAAUUCCUGUCAAUUAACCAUAUUAUCAUUGCGCUUUCUCGAUUCAACAAUAGAAAAUAAAUUUUUAUUAUCAGAAAUAAAUCCAAUUAUAUUAAUUUUUUAUAAUUGUACAUUUAAUAUAGAUACUUUAAGUUUAAAAACAACAUUAAUAACAACAUUAUCAUUAUAUUACGUUAAAUUUCUAUUCAAACAAUUUCUCAUUGAUUCUCUAUCAUCUCUUACACAUUUAACAAUAACACACACAUCGAAUUUUGAUAUUAUUGGUGCAUAUCCAAAUUUAAUUUAUCUUGAUCUAUGUCAUACACAACUAAAUGAUAUACAAUUACAUAAAUUAUUUUCACAAAUUGAAAUGCCUGAUUUAACAACAUUGAUUUUAUCGAAUAAUCAUAUAAAAGUAUUAAAAACAAAAUUUCCAUCACGAAUACGUUAUUUAGAUCUAUCAUACAAUGAGAUUAAAUCAUUAGAUUAUACAUCAUUUAAAUCUUUGUAUUCAUUAAAUAUAUUAAAUUUAAGUUAUAAUUCACCAUUAGAUAUUCAACAAGAUACAUUUACACGUAUACCCUAUUUAGAAAUACUCGAUUUGACAUCAUCAUUGCCGUCAAUACCUAUCGAUGAUUUAUUUUUACCAUUACAAAAACUUCGCUAUUUAAAUCUAUCAUCAAAUAAUUUAAAUUCUCUACCACGUCUUCCUAUACCUCACGAUGCACAUACUAUAUCCAGCUAUGAUCAUCAUUUGCCUGUGUUAAAUAUUGAUCUAUCAAAUAAUAAUUUAAAUAAUAUUAAUUUUGAUAUACUUUCAUCAGCAUCAACUCAAGAUAAAUAUAUUAUAUCAUUGGAUAUGACCAAUAAUCAAUUAAAAACCUUGCAAUUACCAUCUACUUUAUCGACAGGUCUAAAAAGACGUGGACCAUUAAUCGAAUUAAAUAUUAAUAAUAAUCCAUUGGAAUGUAAUUGCAUUCUUUAUGAAAACAUUUUUCAUUUACUACAAAAUGAUAUGCCAAUUCCUCAACAUCAAGAUAAUUCUUUUGUUUUAAAUCCUCCAUUUCAACCGCAACAGUAUCCAUCUGAGCUUUAUCCAAAUCAGUAUUCACCACCAAAUGUUUAUCCUCAACCAUUACCAUCCAUUCCUUCGUCUCAUUAUCCUCCAUCGACGAAUCUAUUGAAUUAUUUCCGUAAACGUCGUCAAUUAAAUUUGCCCACUCAAUCAUCUUCUGUUUCGUUACUGGCAGAAAAUCUUGCUAAACAAGCGCGUGUUAAACUGUUACAUCUACCUAAUCUAACAUGUCAAGAUGUAAUUGAACCAAAGAUUAGUCGAUCUUUAUUUGAUCUCAGCUCAUCGAAUAGUUUUUGUGGAUAUACAUUAUAUUGUCCAUCGACAUGCUCAUGUUGUUCAUCAUCAUUAUUAUUUAAUAGUAAUAAUUGUGAUUGUUAUUAUCAAUGUCCAUCGGAAUGUUCUUGUAAACAUUCAUUUGAUUUAACAAAAAAUUAUGUUAAUUGUUCGAAUCUUUAUUCAAAGAAAAUUCCAUCAAAUAUACCAUAUACAACCACACAUUUGUAUCUAAAUAACAAUCAACUAAGAACAGUCGAAAGAAAUUUAACACAUUUAACUAGAUUGCAAUAUCUUUCAUUAUCAAAUAAUCAAUUAGAAUAUUUAUCAAAUGAUGAAUUUUCAACAUUAUCAAAACUAGAAGAUUUAGAUUUAUCAUCAAAUCGAAUUCUAACUAUUGGACCAAGAACAUUUUCAACACUGUUUCAACUGAAACAUCUCUAUUUACAUGAUAAUCCAUGGAUACCAAAAUUUUAUAGUGGACAUGGAGAAUUUCAAUCGAAUAUACGCUUAAAUUCAUUGACUUAUGGCAGUGGUCUAGUAUGCAAUCGAUCGAAUACAAUGGAAUCUCCACUUACAGUUGUAGAUUGUUGUAAACAUUCAAAUAUUGACUCGUGUCAACCAUCGAUGAACAGAAAUGAAUAUGGUCUUGAAUCUGAUCAAAAUAGUUUUCCAUUUCAUAAUAGUCCAAAUGCAUUUGAUCCUAAACGUUUAUUUCAAUUGUUAGUACAUGAAAAUUAUCGUCUUUAUUUUAUUAUUGGAUUCAGUUUAGCUUUACUUGUAUUAAUAUUUCUUGUUAUGUUAUGUUGCAUUUGUCGACGAAAAACUCUCGAUAAACAUCCUUCACCAGUUGAAAGAAAAUUAUUAUCAAAUGGAGAUACAAAUAAAAUAAUAAAUCAUUAUCAUAAGCCGUUACAACAAAAAACAUCAGCAACACCACCGCAAAUAUCCUUAUCAUCAUCGACUACUGCGAUACAAAAACUGAUAAAUUCAACAAGACAAAAAGGUUUAAGUUCGAAUACAGCAUAUAAACAGCAGGAAAAUGAUGCUUCAAUAUCAUUUUCUGAAAACGAUGAUGACGAUGAUUAUGCUUCAAUACCAUUGACAGUUUCACAAGUCAAUCUAUCGCCAGUAAUUCGUCCACAGCCAAUUGUUCCACCACUUCCACCUCCUCGUCAAGUUCAACAGUCACAUCUUGUAUUGAAUCGUCCUGCAUCUCAUACAUCUUCAGUUUCAACAUCAACAACAAGUCGAUCGGUGGUUCCAAUAAUAAAACGAACGAAUUCUUCAGCAUCUAAACAACCUCAAUCAUCAUUAACAGCAGCUCGCUCAUGUUUGCAAAUAAAACUCGAUGCACUCGUACUUUACUCAAUAAACGAUAGUGAAUUAGUACAUGGAAAUAUAGGUGAAGUACUUGAAGAUAUGUAUGGUAAACGUUUUAGUUUUUAUUUUAUACAUCGUGAUCGUAUGCUGGGUGAACUUGAUUGGUUAAUUGAAAAUUCUUGUGCGACAAUUAUUAUUCUACGUAAGCCAUACCAUAUUGUACAUGAUUAUAUGAAAAUUCUAUCAACAUGUUCAUCAAUUAAAAUAUUUCUAAUACUUGUCAACGAUGAAAUAAAUAAACAUGGAUCAUCAUCAAUAAAGGCACGCGAAAAAAUUUCAAAGUUAUAUCGAACAUCUAAUGUUUUUGAAUGGAAUGCAAAACCAACAUCGCUUAUACAUGAACAGCUCGAAUUAUUUCUCGAACAAAAUUGUGGUUCAGCUACUUAUGUACCAGAUUAA